AUGGGUAUGCCCGGCUCUGAGGCUGCCGUAGAAGAACUCAUGUGUCAUGUACUGGGCGAUCUGUUAGCCGAGGGUAUAGUUGCAAAACUCGCCGACAACUUGUACUGCGGUGCAGAUAACCUUGAGGACCUACUUCACAAUUGGCGACGGGUAUUAGAUGCACUCCAACAAAACAAUCUGUGCCUCGCAGCACAUAAGACUCUCAUUGGACCAAAGACAGUGACCAUAUUAGGAUGGAUAUGGCAAGAGGGCACCAUCAAAGCCAGUCCACACCGAAUAGCCACCCUCUCCUCCUGCACUCGUCCAACCAAGGUGAGCGGAUUACGUUCCUUUAUCGGGGCGUUCAAAGUCCUCGCAAGGGUAGUUCCACACUGUGCUUCACUCAUUGCCCCACUAGAUGAUGUUCAAGCCGGCCUCUCAUCACAAGACACCAUACAGUGGACUGACACCCUCAUAUCAGCAUUCGAUCAGGCUCAGAAGGCCCUAACCAAUGCUAGGACCAUUACCCUACCGAGACCAGAGGAUCAACUGUGGAUUGUCACAGAUGGAACAGUGAAACGACAUGGUAUCUGA